UAAGCGAAUUCAAAUAUAAACAUACGCACAACAUUGACUGCUAAACAUAUUUCAUUGAGCCAGAUCUUUUGAAAGACCUUAGACGACACUGAUUGUUGCGUACUAUUGGAUUGGAACAUAACACAACGACAUAAUUUUAUUCAACUGUGUAGUAGCAUAUCACAGAAGAAAUCAAGUCUUGAUCAGAGACAUGGGCAUCGAUACCCAAGCCAAACGAUUGCUUUCCAUUCUGACGUUUCUUUUUUUAAUGUUUUUGAAUCCUGUCCAAUGUGCACGUGGGAGUUACUGCUACUACUACUAUUCAGUAAACGGAUAUAAAUUCUAUUACUGUGUCUACUACUAUUACAACAAAAGCAGUACUUCAAGUUCAUCAACAGGGACGAUAACUGGAGCUGUCAUUGGAGGUAUCGUGGGGUUUGUAAUCCUUGUGGCCAUCGUGGUGAUUGUGUGUGUUAAAGUCUGCAAAAAGUCAAAACAUGGAAACGUGAUUGUCAGAACAAUGCAACCAACCGUGCCUUACAUCAGUUCAAGUACUGGUAUUCAACAUCUCAAAACACAUAUGAUGGAUACACAGCCUACCAGCCUGCUACCAACCCUGUAUUCCCGCCACCCUAUCAAGGACCCCCGGGAUCCACGCUUAAUGCGUCAUCAGUUCCUAGUUAUGGUGAUCCGCCAUCAUACAAUGGACAGCAAUUUGUGUGUAACCCAAUCAACCAAUCUACAAACCCGGUUCCUUAAGGAACGUCUUAGCCAAGAUAUAUGAAGUACUAAGUUUAUACGUGAAGUACUAAGUCUUAUACGUGAAGUACUUAGUCUUAUAUACAUGUAUCUGUAUGUAUAAAUAUACAGUCAUAUGAAAAACGAACAUGAGAUAAUUUCGUUUCUCAAAAAUAUUGAAUGAAUGUCGAUGCGCAGAUUUGUUAUCAAUUUUAAAAGAAUUGUUUUCAUUUUUUUUCUUUUUGGUUUUAUGAAAAUUUGGAAUUUUCUUACAUGAUAAAAACAGUGUCCGUUGCUAGUUAUAAUUCUCAAAAAGUGCCAUGUGAUCAUUUUCUAUAUGUACUUGAUUAGUUUCCUUUAAAAAUUAUUUUUGAAAUAUUAUUUAUAAUUUUUGAUUUUUUAAUACCUUGAACUGGUUACAAUUUCUAUCUUGUGGAUUUGAAGCAACACUUAAUCUACAAGACGUACUGUUUUAUAAGUUCAACGAAUGUUCCAUGUUUUCACUAUUACAUUUAUUUAUUAUUUACAUGUAUUUAUUUAUUUAUUAUAUUAAUCAAUUAUCGAUAAUUAAUUUAUUAUCAAUGCAAUAAAUGAAAAAUAUAUAUCAUGUAUAUGUGCAUGCAUGUUGACCGUAUAUAGCUGAAUCAUUUUAUUUUCUUGUAAAAUACUUUGGUAUCAAAAUUGUUCGUGGGGGACCAAUGUUUGCUUAUUUCAUGCACCACCCUUACCCAUUAAUUUACAUCCCUACGAACAAUUAUUUUGUCGGUUCAUUGAAUCUUCUGUAUAUAUCAUGUAUAUAGAUAUGUAUAUAGACAUUCGAAAUUUCGUCCCAACGAAGCAGCUUUAUAUGCAAAAGAAAUUAAAAAGCAGUAUUGAAAAAAAA